AUUAAUUCAUUCUUGCACUCAAUGGACUGAAAACUAGCUGCCACUAUGUGACGUGAGAGCGCGGAACUGGGAGUACAUCGAUCUAGUACGAGUUGGUCUAGAGGGUUGGAAAAACACAGGUUACGGGUUGCCUGGAAUGCGGCACAAGAUCCACCCCCAAUAAAACACACCUGAACCAGCUAAUCAAGGUCUUACUAGGCAUACUAGAAACUAGGACUGCACGAUAUUGAUGAAAAAUUCAAUAACUUGUUAAAUAAUGCAAUAUUCGAUAUGCGAUGCAAUAAUGCAUGUAAGUGUGUAAAAUAAAUUUUUAAAUAUAUUUUAAAAUUAUAUGACAUAUAUUUUACAUUCUUUCUGAGGAAACAAAGCAUCACCACAACUUCUGAAAGUGAACAGCAGUGUUUUAGCCUUACAUAAAAAGUAAUGUCACAAAUCUCACAGUCAUUUUAACUUUAAUGUAACGUUAAGCAAGAAAAAAAUCGUUCAGAUAGCCGUUGCGAUAUGCAUACCGCGGUAUGCAUAUCGGUAUCGAUAUAUCGUGCAGCCCCUACUAUAAACUUCCAGGCAGGUGUGAUGAGGCAAGUUUGAGCCAAACUCUGCAGGACAGUGGCCCUUCAGGACCACAUUUGGACACGCCUGUCCUACUCAAAAAGAAAAAACAAUGCAGGACGAGAGAAAAAGCUGCUGGCGUGUUCGAUCUUGACUACUUCCCAGUUGGCAGCUCAUCCAGCUCAAGCUGUUUGUAUGGAAAAGCCAACCAGCAGCCAUCAUAGGGCGGUCCCGAGCUGAACACCCAAACAGUUAUCAGAGGGGGCACAUUAUCCAGCAUUCUCAGACUUCAACUUUCGACUUAAUUUUAACCCUGAGGGAGGGAACAGCAGCCUCUAGCAGUGAGAGAGUUCGAGGAUUACUACAGUAGGAGUGAUGUCCUGAGAUUACUCUGCAUCUAAAAUAAGCCCAGCAGCACUGAGGAAGUCUGUUUAUCCGAGGCUGAACAGAGACUGCACUAUUACCUGUGAGUGAGCACAAUGACUGCGCUGUAUCACACAUUCCUGCUCUUUACAGUCAGUAUGGCUUCCCUGCAGCCACAGAGGUCUUCAAGGAGUAAAAGGGGUCUGCUGGAACUAGCUGGGGUUAUCAAGUGUAGCACGGGACGAACAGCUAUAUCUUAUGUGAUGUACGGAUGUUACUGCGGUCUUGGUGGUCAAGGGUGGCCCAGAGACAGAGCGGACUGGUGUUGUCACAAGCAUGACUGCUGUUAUGGGGAUGCAGAAUUCGCAGGCUGUCAAACAAAAACGGACGGGUACCAGUGGACAUGCGACGACAAUCAGGCUGACUGUGACGCGCUUAAUGACAGAUGUGCGAAAAUCCUCUGCCGAUGUGACAGGGAAGCAGCCAGAUGCCUCAGAAAGGCACCGUUCAUCCAAAAGUACGCUCUGUGGCCGGAUUUCCUCUGUGGAUGUGUUCAUCCUACCUGCAACAUUUACUAAUGUCAGGACAAAAUUUGGUAAUCAAAUCUUGUAGAGCUUGUAUUGUAUGUUUAGUUUGAAUUUAUAUUGUUUAAAGGAUUUCCACUUUCUUAUGUAUUUUAUAUUUACAUAGUUGACUUUCAUAAGUGAAUGAAUUAAAAUAUUUGCAAAAUAAUCACAA